UUCUGCAAGAAAAAUGGCCACUGACAUCUGUAGCAGAAAUUGUUGUACAGACGAAGCAAACAUGUAAAACGUUACAACAAGAUCCGCGAUGCAUGGAGAACUCUUUGCCAGGAAGGUGACAUGCGCCAGAUGCAUCUGAAACGACCACAAUUCAACUAGAAGCGGAGACCUGCAAUUAUUGCUGCACAGUAGCCAUUGCGAUUCGCCGAAGCCUGUUGAGUCUGCGAUAACGGCCCGGCAUCAAUACAUUUGUUUACUUCGCUGAGCUGUGUUCGAGAUGGCGACCAGAGCCGCUACAUUCACAUCCAAGAUUCGGAACCUGAAGGAUUACCACUACCGGAUCACCAACAACCUGACACCCCUCCCCACAGGAUCAGACAUUGCCAACACCCUCAAAUACUUCUCCACCACCCUGCUCAAUGUGUUGAAGGAUGUCCCCAAUAUUCCGGCGGAGAGCUAUGGGCCCAGACAACGUGACAGUGUACGUCUCUCUGUGUUCCCCAACCUCAACUACUGCGGUCUCUACCACUCCGUUCUCAACAUCAUCGACCUGUUCCCGAUGUCGCAGAUGGAACCAACACAAGCUCUGAAUGUGGGCGAGGCAGUGCUGAAUGUGCUGGGGUGGCUGGUGCCCUUCCUGGAGCACGACCUGCUGGACUCGCUGCCCUACACCGUCGCGUCCACCCUGGCCAUCUUCCCCGCCACCCUCCACAAGGACACCAUCGACCUGCUCUGUACCAGGCUGCUGCCGAUGACCCUCGGCUAUGACGGAUGCAUUGAGCCGACCUACGCCAGCGAGUCUGCAGCGGCCAUCAUUACCAUGGUGUUUCAGCAUACUGAGAAUGGGGCCUUCCACUCCCAGAUCCUGGAGUGUCUCAUGAGCAUGAAGAAGGACAUCGUCAAGGACGUUCUGAGCAUCAUCGCCUACGGUCCACCUGCUGCCCGGGCCCCCGCCGCCCACCUGCUGUUUUACUACUGGCCACAGCUCAACCCCUCCCUCAGUGACCGCAGGGGGAUCCACUACAAGUACUGUGGAAUGGAAUUCACAGCUUGGCCCCCAGUUCUUUGCCAGAGAAAGGACUGUGUGAAUUCUAAAAACUGUCAAGCUGUCAAGAUGUGCAUCAACCCGGCGCUGGCAAUCCAGUCUGGCAACACGCCGCCGCCCCUGUACAUCUGCAGUGACUGUGCGGAGGUGUUGAGGAGAGAGCAUAGCGAGUACAUGGUCGACCUCCUCCUCCCCAUGACACACGUGUCCACCAUCUGCGAGAAUAAGAACUGCCGAUCUGAGGUGAACCUGGCCGUGUGCACCUGCUUCUCUAUUGAGUGUGCCAGCUUCAAUGGAAACCGGCCAAUCAGAUACUGCCGAGCGUGUCAUGAGUUUCGCCAUAGCAACCAGGGAGGUCAGAGUCACGUGUUCCACUUGAGCAUCCCUGACAUUUGGUCCUGUCUGCCAGAGAUACAGAGGUACCUGAUGGACGCCAUCGUGAGUCUGUUGAAAGAGGCCCAGCCUAUCGAGUCGAAGCGUAUGGUUGAGAUGGGCGAGGAACAUCGUCGCCCCACCGAAGAGGAGGAGGACUUUGAGGUGGAGGAGGGUGGGGAGCGGAAGUUGCUGAGUCGGUACGGCAUCUGGCUCCAGGUGGAGCUGUGUAAACCCCGGGAGGACGAGGAUAUACCCAUAGAGGUGCUGGGGCGUCUGCUGGGGAUGAUGUUCCAGUGGUUCGAUGCCACCGCCUACCUUCCUAAUGACAAUGUGGGCAAUGCGCUUGAAAGGUUGAAGCCCGAGUACAUCUGCACCUGGCUGCAGGAGGUGAUGAAGACUCACUUCGAGGUGGUGGUGUCGUGCCUGCUGCCGCACCCAGUGGAGUACUCCCGAGUGGGAGGAGUCUGGGACACGCUGGCCACGCGGACCACGCAGAUCAAGGAGGGACUCAACUGCUUCUUCUGUCUUGUGCCGUACAUUAUUUCAUUUGAGAUCUGGGACUACGUGAUGCCCUACUGGCUGGAGGCCAUCAGGACGGAGGUCCCGGAGGAUGAGCUGAGUAAGCUGAAGGUGCUGCUCAGCAAAGCAUUUGACAUCGACAUGUGUCCCCUGCCGUUCAGCUUGGACAAGAUGUACCACUUUGUGACGGACCGCUUCAGCGAUAGCAGCGCCUCAGUGCAGGAACAGGCCCUACAGUGGCUGCAGAUCCUGUCCAGCCUCGACAUCGUCAUCCCCAUGCACCUGCUGCUGAAGAUGUUCAAGAUGGGGGUGGAGCAGAUCAACUCCGAUCCCGAGGACGCCACAGAGGGCCACACCCAUAACAUCCUACCCUCCAACUCCCCUGUAGACGACUACCCCCCACCACUGAGUCCCGAGAGACAACCUCACUACAACAACUCCUUCGAAGUCUACGAGCGCGAGACGGAACUCAUCCUCCCUUGCUUCAUCAUGCAGUUGGACAUGUGUCUGAAACAGAUGGAGCUGCAGGAGUCUCCCCCGCAUCUCGGCAUCUACAAUGAGAUGAGCCGGGAGGUGAUGCAGCUCCUCACAGGGAUGCUACGCAAGGAGUGGGACGGCCUUCACUCGUGCACCACGGAGCAGCACCGGGUCAACUGUGUGUUCUGCCAGAACAUCGCUCUGUGGCACCAACUGGCCACACAGCUCAUGGAACACAUCUGCCCACGGGACCCGCUCAAGAUACCCACAAAGGAGCUGCCCAAAGUGGACGAGAUUCGCCAUCAGACCAUUCCAGAGUCAGCAGCAGACAGCAAUGGUCACGAGGAGCGAGAGACGCGGGAGCAGGACUAUGAUGUGACGACCAUGCCGGUCUAUCUGCAGUUGUACGACAUGCUGCUUAAGAGCCUGUGCAGCGUCACCGAUGUCGAUGCUCUGUUUGCGCUGUUGAUGUCCAUGAAGUACCUGAUCCUGCAUGGGGAAUGCCUCAACUACACCAUCAGCCAGUUCGGGGGCUUCAUCAAGUUCACAUUCCGCAGGAGGCUCAUACCAAACCUGUGGAAGCUGCUGCAGGCGGAGCACUCCCAGCUGGCCACAGUCUCCGUGCCCCUCCUGCUGCACAGCAUCACCCUCCCAACCGGCGCAGACAUCCUGUGGAGGCUGGUGGAGGAGGACUUCGGCAACGAUGACUGGAGAGCCAGGUUUGCUUCAGUGGAGAAGGUGACUGUGCUGUCCCGCUGUCUUGAGACCGACUCCAUCCGCAACAACCAGGUGAUCAUGACAGGUCUCUCCCACGCCUUCUGUCAUCUGAUUGGCUCCGUGGAGGACAUCAACGCCGCCGUGGCACAGAAGACCAUCAUGUUCCUAGAGACCAUUAGACCGGUAGCACUCAGAUGCCUUUGUCAAUGUCUGGAGUUCCAGUUUGACUCUGUCAUCAACGACCGCAGCAUGAUACUCCAUCGCAUGCAACUGCUGGCAUCAGUGCUACCGAAAGAAAAUAUUCUCUCAUGGGAAUUCUUCCUUAACCGUUUUGACACUUUGUCUCUGGAGGCCCAGCUAGACUUGGAAACCAGUGGUGAUAUAUCUUGUCUUACAGAUCUGAGUGGGAGCGAUCGACAGAGUGAACACUUUCUGCGGAAGCUGAACCGGGCCAGGUUUGCACUAGCGAGGACGGACAGUGUCCGGUCGGUCAGCGAGAGCUUGAGGGGCAAGCCGCCAUACAGGAGGGCGGUGUCUGUCCCUCUGCAUCUCAUCACCAAGGGGACGAUUCCACCAAAACCCGAGGCCCAUGUACAAGCACCGAGAAAACGACAUUCUCUAUAUCCGGAAAUAUUUGUUGAAGUUGACCGAGAGAAAUCCUACAUUCGUCAGAAGUCAGCGCCACAGUUUAGUCUGACGAGGCGGAUGACGUCGAAGAUGAACCUCGGGUCGUUUGGAGGCAUGAUGUUUCCAGGCGGCCAGUUGCGGGAGUUCACAGACGAGGAGAGUAACUUUGCUGCCCUGCUACAGCGAGCCAUGGACCUGGAUGGGGUGGACCGCGACACUGUCUACCAGCUGGUGGCCCUCCUCAUGAAGUUCAUGGUGAAGGAGGAGGUGGAUGACGCCAGUGAAGAUGUCAAGGCUCAGAAUGUAGUCCUGCGGCACCUGAAUGUCCUCCUCGGAUACAACCAGACAGAGAAGUCCUUCAGCGUGCCACCCUAUAAACUCAGAUCUUCAGCUGUGUUCAAUGCUUUCUUGAGUGGCGUACCCUUUGUUCUUGACCGGAACUUCAAGUUGGGUAACACCAUCCUCCCCAUCACGUUGUUACUGCUGCAGUACUGCCCCUCCCCCCAGCGCUACGCCUCCGACUACCAGCCCCCCAACUACACACUGUGGUACCUAGAGCCCCAUACCCGCCUCUCCUGGCUCCGGGCCCUGCUUGUCAUACUGUACAAGUAUCACAUCAGCACGUCACCGGUGUCGGCCAUAAUUCAGACCCUGGUGCAGCUGGUGGUGAACACGAUCCAGGCCCAGCACCACCGCUGCAAGAUCACUGAGGACGGCUUUCCCCCUCCCUCCCCCACCAUCCACCGCAACAAGGAUCUGAGCAAGAUGUCCAUCAGUGACCUCGAGAACAUCCAAGAAACGGACACGCCCCCCCAGAGUCCAUCCAGCUCCAAGUCAGUGCAGGAGGACAAGGCCACGGUCCAUGUCCGCUCCCCUCCCGGGGCCAGCGUCGUCAAGUACCUCAAGGGGCACACAGAUGGAGCUGAGAGCAGCGAGGGGAUGCUGUCCGAUGCCGAGUGCACACCGACCCUGCCAGGAGCCAAGAAGGAUGGUGUGAGGAAAGUCACCAAGUUCCGACAGCCACGACGACUCGUUGAAUAUUCGGAGCCGGAUUCAGCAGACGAUGAGAAGUCGGACCACAGCAAAGUCCUUAUUGAGCACGGUCAGCCGGGGUCGCCAGCGUACGCCUCCGCCGUGGAGAAGAAGAUGGCGCAGCAGCUGAAGGAGUUCGCAGCAUCUCAGAGUGAGACCCAGCGUCCGAGUAUCAGCAUGUCUGGGGCGGCCAGCAGCAGCACCACGGAGGGAUCACGUGAUGCCGGGACAGUGUCCGAGAUCAGUCGGGACGUCCAGAGUGAGAUCGAGAGCACGGAGGAGAGUGAGAAGACACAGACGUCAGAUUGUGAGUCUGAGAAGCAUCAAGUUGGAACUGACUCAGGAGGGGAUGGCCCACAGGAAGAUGGCAAAGAUGAGAGUACAGAGGGUCGUAGGGGCAACAUUUUGAAGCCCAACUUCAGGCAGAGGAAGGCCAGGAGGACGGGGUUCACCACGGUGGAGCUGCAGAAGAAGUUCCCCGAGCUCAGUGAGAAUGGCACAGUUACUGAGGAAGCUGUGGGCAUCACCACCCGCCACUCAGGACGUAAGGCCCGCAAAGCCGAACUCCUGGCAAAGAGCCAGGCUGCCAAGAAGCAGACUGCAUCGCGGUAUGGAGAGAACGUGAUGGUGGAGCGGUGUUCGGAGUGUGGAGCCGUGCUGGAGCAGUAUGACGACGACACCAUUGGCCUGUGCACCACCGUCCUCGCAACCUUCAUUCACCGAGAGCCAGCGCUGGCAACGCCGAUGUUGCUGGAGAUGUUGCAGAGUGUCUCCAGUAUUGCAUCAGGCAGUCAGUAUUCCUGGCAGGCUGAAAGUAGUGUCAUGAUGCCGGGCAACAGUGUGAGCAUCGCGAGGCAGUUCCUGCGAUGUGUCCUCCAUCAGCUGGCCCCCAAUGGAAUCUUCCCCAUGCUGUUCACAAGUAACUUGGAAGAUCCCCACUUCCUGAAGACGAUGGCAGCAGCCUUGGUGGACUUCAAUGACCUGACGUCCCACGCCCCUCUGCAGUACCUCCUGGAGGGGCUGAAUGAGAGGAAGAACCUGCCCCAGGAGAACAUCAUGCUGUUGCUAGGCAACAUCUGCACCUACAUGAACUGCAUCACCCUGGAGAGCUCCACACCCAUGUGGACCAAUAUCCUCACGCAGUUUGACAUCUUCUUCCGACGUCUGCUCACAGUCCUGCCCAACCCGUGUGACAUGUCGGGGCUGCUGAAGACGAUCAUCUCCCUCCUCAAGAUACCCAGCAUCUGUAACGUCAGGGGUAUAUUGGAGCCAUUCUCAAAGCUUUUGAGCUUUGCCAUCCAGAACUGUCCGUUCAAGCUGCAACAGCUACUGGACGUCUGCUACAUGUGUAACAGGGCUUUUUCCAGGGAGCGAGACAAGUUGAUCCUGACCCGCACCGUGAUAUACGAGCUGGUCCAGGCCCUCAAGUUCAAGACCAGUCUUCCGGACGAGAAUGCUUUGCUUCUUGUGCAGUUUCUGGUCCUGGACACUGGGGGCACGAUCUGCUUGUCUCACUCUGUGGAUGACGCGGCCAUGUUGUACAACUACCAGUCCCAGUCUCUAGUCAGUACCUGUGCAGCCGAGUGCAUGAGGCAGCACCUCAACGAUGCCAUGGAGUUCAUCACCGAUCUACACACACUCACCAAAGUCAAGAGUAUUAUGAAGGGUGGGGCUGCCAACAGUCUGAAUGAGGACACCCUUGGCAGUCAGCUGAAGUCUGGAAUGGCUCAGUAUGUGGCACUGGAGAUCACCCGGGGCAACGGACGUGACAACCGUGCCAUCUCACGCUACCUGCCAUGGCUGUACCAUCCUCCUUCCGCCAUGCAACAAGGACCGAAGGAGUUCAUAGACUGCAUCGGACAUAUUCGCCUGCUGUCCUGGCUUCUGAUUGGCUCACUGACGCACACAGCUGUCACGGAGGGUGCCGCUCCCAUCUCCUGUCUCCCGGUGCCCCUUGAGGCAGGGUGCCACAUCUCGGAACAUGUCCUGGUCAUCGUCACUGGCUUCGCUGAACAGUCCAAGGACACCGUACUGCACAUGUCAUCACUCUUCCAUGCGUUCAUCUUGUGUCAGUUGUGGACAAUGUACUGUGAGUCUGCGGCAGCGCUCCACCCUCAGAACAGCGAGCAGUACCAGUCUGCAUCCGCCCACAUCAUGGACUUCUGGGCCCGGGUGACGCCGGGCAUCCUACAGCUGCUCUCCCACUCCAAGGAGGAUAAACCGACACUAGAGCUGGUGGAGAUGGUGAACCUUCACUUUCUGGGACUCAUGGAAGCCCUCCAGGAGUGCAACUCCUGUGUCCUUGCCAAGCUGUUCCCAAUGUGGCAGUGCAUCCUGUUUGCCUACCAUGCACAGUUGCCGGGACACCUCCAUGUGCGACUACAGAUGUGUCAGAACUGGGAGCCCCCCCACCCAACCCGGGACCAACGCUCAUUCAACUCCACCAUCCUCCUCAACUGGCUCAAGAGGAUCCAGUUCAAGCUCGGGCAGAUCGAAGUCCAGUCAUCAGCAGCAACACAGUUCUACACUGUGUGAAGCUGCUUGUUCAGAGACUGCCAGCCCUUGGGACAGAGAAUCAUCUGAGGGAACAGUACUUGUGACAUCAAAGUUCCUCACAUACUGAUGUACUCUUUGUAAUCAGAAACCACUAAUGUUCUUCAUGACGCUAACACCAUCCUCACCCUGAUGUUGAUUAAGAAUUGAUUAGACCAUAUAGUAUGUUCAAAUAUGAAUAGGCUAAACAAUAUAAUAGUCUUGGUUCUCAGGCAUCGUCCGCAUCAUCAUAAAGCCACAUAUUUCAUUUUUUUUCCAUUGUCAAACAAAUUAAAAAAAUCCUAAUACUUCAAAACCAUCUGAUUCAGUAUAGCAUGCAGUUACUUCCCUUUACAUGCGCACUGCUUUACUGCACGUCUUGUGUUAUGGUUAUGGCGGCAAUAGGAGCUUGUAUGCUUGUUUAUGUAGGGAGGCCCUUUCCCAGGUUCAUGGU